AUGAUGUGCUGUAACCGAUGUGGCGAUAUCCUAUCCUCUGGCAAAUGUCGUAAAUGUGGUGGACGUGCAGUUGCAUCCAUUAUUGCAAGCGGUAUGGGGUCUGUGAGAGCCGUUAGUACAACCACCAGCGAAGAGAACAACCAAAUCAGCAUUGCCGAUAAAUGGCAGAGCCAAUAUGAAAAUGGUAUUCUUGGAAGUCCUCAUACAGUCUUUGAUGCCAAAGAGAAGCAACAGCAACAACCUUCCUACCUUAAGAGCUCUACUAGCAAUGGUACCUUACGCACACGUCGAAACAGCAGCCCCCAAGGUCUCAUGGGCAAACGCAACUCGCUUUCCUUGUCACUUCAAAACAGCUGUGCCCAAUGUAAUCAACGUCUACGAUAUGAUACGCCAUCGUACCUGGAAAAUGGAACUCGUUAUUGCAAAAGCUGCCACACCGACCUGUUCAGCAAGGGAACUUGCUCCAAAUGCAAGAAAGCAGUAUUCCCACAACGAGAUACAUUUAUUGAGCACAAGACAUCGGUGUGGCACCGUGAUUGCUUCCGAUGCCAUGGAUGCUGUGUAGCUUUGCACGAUGUGCCCAUGGUGGAUCUACGUGGUCGUCCUUGCUGUGAACCAUGCUUGAUGGCCCAAUCAGGUGAAGCACGUCAAUCAUCAACGCGUCAAGUCUAUGAUAUUGCAAAGUUGCAUCAUCCAAAGAAUGACAAUAGCAGCAGCAGCAUUGCCGGUACACCAAUCCUUAUCAAGGGCAGCAGCGACACAAUGUCAUCUGCAGGAUCCAUCUUUGGUACUCCAAAGACACCUCCCAAUACACGACCUCGUAUUGAUUCACAACUUUUCCAUCAUUAUCAAAAAACGUUGCAACGUGAUAAUACGGCUGCCAGUCCACCACCACCUCCUUUGUCCCCAGCUGGGUCAAUUCGUUCUUCAAUCUCUGGAAGUCCACUUUCUAUUUCACCUUCAUCUUCACCUUUGAGUUUCCACUCAUCGUCAUCAUCAUCCACAUCACGUGUGAACAAUGCAUCACCUGUACAAGUGAAUGGUGCUGGUACCCAAUCUCCCCCUAUUUCAGCUCUUGCUAAUGCAACAACAACAACACGCCGUCCUACCACCACCACCAUGCCACCAGCAUCCCCUGUGCCAACAUCUUCUGAGUCUACUGCUAGUACUUCGACCACCACCAAAAAUGGCCGCCGUAUGUGUGCCGAAUGUAGCAAACCAUUGCAAGGUACCAAGGUGAAAAUGCCUUCUCCUUCUGGCGACAUUUGGUAUCACUAUGAUUGUCUCAAGUGUGCAGGUUGCCGUGGUCACUUUACCGAAUCAAAGAUUGUCCGCCUUGGCAACACAAUUUAUCACCCAGAGUGUCUACCCCCUAGUGAACCUGCUGAAGAACAGCAACAUUAUAAAUGCCACACGUGCCAAAAAGCAAUCAAGGACAAGUGCGUACGCAAUGGUAGCAAGUAUUAUCACAUUGAGUGUUUCCAAUGUCGUAAAUGUCAAAAGGUGCUUGACCAUAGUCGUCCCUUUUACGAAGUGCAAAAUGAGCCACAUUGUGAGAGCUGUGUCAAUCACACCAACCCACGUCCAAGCAACCAAGGUCCUCCAACACCACGACCCACACCAUCCCAUCGCAUGCGAGGUAGCACAAGCACUCCUCUUUUGCCUAGUCAUCGCACCUUUGACAACAAUCCUUCAAGCCUGUUAAUGCAUCGUACACGUGCACUACCAAGAUUGGGAGGAUCAAAGUACUGUCCCCGAUGCCAUGCAAGCAUUGCUAUUAUGGAUGAAAUCCCUGGACCCAAUGCUACUCGUUGGCAUCGCAAGUGCUUACGAUGCGUUGGAUGCAAGAAACAAAUGGAUUCUGGAGCCAAAGUCAGCGAAAAUGAAAAUGGCGAAUCAUUCGUGCAAUGCCGUGGAUGCAGAGAUAAAACGGGUACAACACCCAAGUUUGUGCGAUAA